CUCGACUAGAACGAUUACUUUUUAUUCAAAAGUCGUGACCAGAAUAUUUAUUAAUACUUAAAUCAAAUUUAUUAAUAACGUCUUCACGGUAUUGAAAUAAAAAUCAAUUAAUUUUAUUGCUGUUUCCUGUGAGCAACUAUCAACGCAUUAAGAGUAAUAAAAAUGGCUGACUGGGAGAAUAAUGAAGAAAUUCAAAUAUUUCGCGAAUAUUUGAGAAUCCCGAGCGUCCAUCCAAACAUUGAUUACGAGCCCUGUGUAGAAUUUUUAAAACGACAAGCUGAUAGUUUGGGACUUUCAUUAAAAAUCGUUUAUCCAGCAAUAAAGACGAUUCCUUUAUGCAUAAUUACUUAUAUAGGUUUAGAACCUGAAUUACCUGCAAUAAUGCUUAAUUCUCAUAUGGAUGUCGUUCCAGUCUCUCGAGAUAAUUGGACACACGAUCCAUUUGCUGCUGAAAUUGAUGAGAAUGGAAAGAUUUUUGCACGUGGAACUCAAGACACAAAGGAGUUGGGAACACAAUAUUUGGGAGCAUUAAGAUAUUUCAUUCGUAACAAAAUUCAAUUCAAGAGAACAAUUCAUGUUGUUUUUACUCCGGAAGAGGAAGUAUGCGGCGUACAUGGAAUGAGAGAAUUUGUACAUACAGACGAGUUCAAAAACCUGAAUGUUGGAUUUUUGUUAGAUGAAGGAGCUCCAAUGCCAACAAAUGAUGAGUUUAUGAUUUUUUAUGGCGAAAGAUCAACAUGGCGUGUUGAAUUCACGAUUACUGGAAGUCCAGGGCAUGGAUCGAUCAUGCUUCAUAAUAAUGCUGCUGUGAAGCUUCAAAAAUUACUCACAAGAUUCAUAGAAUAUCGUGAUUCACAACUUAGUCGUAUCGAUAAUCCAUUAGAAAUUAAAACCGCCGGAACUGUUUCAUCAGUAAACAUAACAAAGAUUAAUGGUGGUCUGCUGUCAAAUGUUAUUCCAUCAGAGUAUAUAAUGACUGUUGACAUUCGAGUCGCCUUAGACGUUGAUCAUGAAGAAUUUAUAAAAACUUUUGAAGGAUGGUGUAAUGAAGCAGGAGAUGGUAUCUCUUACAAGUUUGAAGUUCGAGAAGAUAAAACACCGGCAACACCUAUUGAUGACUCAAACAAGUACUGGAUGACAUUUAAGAAGACUAUUCAUGAUCUUGAUAUAAAGCUUGUUGCAAUCAUAUGCCCAGCAGCAACUGAUGCACGAUUUAUUAGGAGUGUCGGUAUACCUGCAAUAGGAUUCUCUCCAAUAAAUAAUACACCAAUAUUGGCACAUGCUCAUGAUGAAUAUAUCGAGGCUGAUAUGUAUUUAAAAGGCAUUGAAAUAUUAAAGAAAGUAAUAAGCAAUCUUGCAAAUUUGGACUGAGCAAUUUAGUCAUUUUUUCUAAUGAGUUUUAUGGACUGUAAUGAGUCUUAAGUGCACCCUUGUUAAUGGGUUUGUUGAAUGAUAUGUACUUGAAAAUAAAAAUGCUUAAUAAUUA